AUGAACUCUCUAAGGGUCUUUUUUGCUCUAAGCGGCGCAUGCGCCGCUGCUACUACGUCGCACAUCCACGGGCCAUCAUCACCACAAUGUGCCAACCUACCGCCGCACUUUGCAGCACAGAUGCAGACCCCACUCCGGUCCCAGCAAUGUCUACAUGGAGAUACCGACGCCAAACCGCCACCCGUCAUACCGUCAUUUCAACACCCGAUAUGGUCUCACGAACCGAUGUGCGUCACAGGGAAAGAGAAGGUUUACUGCACACACACAACGUCAGACUCGGGUAGCGGCCAUGGUCUGAGCAUCAUCGCGACACCAUCUGCUGCGGGGAAAUUAUCAGCAAAGUUUAGCAAGCAGAAGAAGAGAGUCAAGUAUUCCGAAGAUGGCCUCCAAGUACGGUCUAUCCCGGGCAAAGGCAAAGGUCUCUUUACGACAAAAGUCAUCAAGAAGGGGGAGACGAUUCUGCUUGAUCCAGCACGUAUAAUUGCCAGUUCUCACUUUCCAGCGCGCGUAUCGCACGCCCAAGGCCGGAGUUUAUUCAACUCGGCGCUCGAUAGACUUCCGGAAAAAGAUCACAAGAUGGUUGCGGCAUUAGAUCAGAGUCUGGGUGGAAGUCCAAUCGAGGACGUUAUGAAGACCAACUCUUUUGCUUGCCGGCUAGACGAUGGCAACGUGGACAAAGCCUACAUUUGUCUCUUCCCAUCCGUCUCCCGCAUCAACCACGCUUGCCAGCCGAAUGCCCUCGCACGCUUCGUCUCAAAGACACUAUCGAUGCAAGUCAAGGCGAAGCAAGACAUUGCCGCAGGAGAAGAAAUAAACAUCUCGUACGGAAGGGUAGACUUGACGCGCGAAGAACGACAGGAACUGUACAAGGAUGGAUGGAACUUUGAGUGUACAUGCUCGCUCUGUACGGCGCCGCACGGCGAAACAAAGGCAAGCGACGAUCGGCGCGUAAAGUUUGCAAGGCUCAAGCAGAAGCUUCAGAAUCUGACAGCGGAGACUUACGACGCGAAACAAGUAGUGGAAUGGGAGAAGGAAGUCAUGGCGAUUGCGCAGUCCGAAGGCUUGGAGGUGUUGCUGGCCGAGGAUUACGAGAGACUGGCAUAUGUGUAUGCAGGCCAUGGAAUGGCUAGCGAGGCACGGCGUUGGGCGGAGAUGGCCAAGCAGAACUUGCUCGAUUGGGCGGUUGAGGACAGUCGUCGAGAUGACAAUGUCAGGAGAUUGGAUGAAACGCUCGCAGAGUUGGGUUGA